AUGUUGGGUAGUCUUGAUUGCACGCACUGGGAAUGGGCGGCAUGUCCAACCGCUUGGAAAGGGCAACAUCAUCGUGGUGACCACGAUGGUUCUACCCUAAUAUUACAAGCACUCGCUUCUCAAGAUUUAUGGAUUUGGCAUGCUUACUUUGGCAUGGCUGGUACGAACAAUGACAUUGCAGUUUUAAUGUCCUCGAAUCUAUUCGACGAUGUCAUAGACGGUGUUGCACCAGAUACUUCAUUCUAUGCAAACGACGUGCAGUAUAAGUAUGGCUACUAUCUCACGGAGGGUAUUUAUCCCGAGUGGGCGACGUUGGUAAAAACUCUUUCUUGUCUAGAUAACAAAAAAAGAUUGUAUUUCAAGAAAAAACAAGAGUCAGCAAGAAAAGAUAUCGAGCGGGCUUUCGGUGUGUUAAAGAAAAGAUGGUCUAUCAUCGCCCAGCCGUCGAGGAUACUUGAAAAAAGUAAAAUGAGAAACGUCAUGUAUACGUGUAUCAUUUAG